CGACCUCGGCCCGGAAUAUCCCUCCCCGAAGGCUUGGCGUUCCCGACUUUUUUUCCUCCGAAAUGACGAUGUGAGGUUGAUUGUGAGGUUGGAGUGUGUCUGUCUGUCUGUCUCGACACGAAGGGCCGUUCUUUUGUUCUAGAUACUGACUCCAUCAUCUCCCACAAUGUCGGACCCCUCGAACCCCCCGGCGCCGACAGGCCAAACCCAGAACCCGGCCCCGAAAGCCAAACCCCAGAACCCAGCCAUGAGGAUGAUGGGAAUGCCCAACUUCCGCUUCAAGCUCCCCUCCCGCAACUGGAUGAUCUUUUUCUCCGUCACCGGGUCUUUCACGGCCGCUUUGCUCUACGACCGUCGGGAAAAGAAGCGCGCCCAGCAGAAGUGGUGCGACCUGGUCGCCCAUCUCUCCAAGGAAUCCCUUCCCAUCGAUCAGACCCGAAGGAAGAUCACCGUCUUCCUGUCCGCGCCCCCGGGCGAUGGUAUCCGGAAUGCCCGGGACCAUUUCAAGCAAUACGUUAAGCCGAUUCUGGUCGCCGCCGCGCUGGAUUACAAUGUCAUUGAGGGUCGGAGAGAAGGCGAUGUCCGCGCCGGACUGGCGGAGCGCAUCCGCAAGGACCGGAGGAGUAACGGGGAGCCUAGCUCGGUAGUGUUGGAGCCUGGCGUUGAAGAUGUGGUUGCCGAUGCUCGGCAGAAGAUUGGCGUUACAGAGGAACCCGGUCCCAAGGGCGACCUGGUGAUCGGGCGUCACACCUGGAAGGAGUACAUUCGGGGUCUGCACGAGGGCUGGCUGGGCCCCCUCGAUCCUCCGCCUCCACCCCCGUCCGCAGUGCCGGAGGAACCCACCAUUCCGGAGACCCCGGUCGCGAGUGAGACGGCCACCGCAGUGGAGGGGAGCUCCGCCGACAGCGCCCCCACCACAGAAGCCUCGGAAGAGAAUAAGAAGCCCGAGGAACCAUCGGAGGAGAAGAAGCCGGAAGAGGAAAAGAAGGAAGAGAAGCCCAAACCCACCGGCCCGACCCCGGCAUAUCUCGCUCCCGCCGACUACUCCUCGCAACAGCUCCCCGCCACCCUGCCCCCAACCCUCGCCGGCUCCGUCCCCGUCCCCUUCCCCCACAUCCUCGGCUUCCUCAACACGCCCAUCCGCAUCUGGCGCUACCUCAACCAGCGCUCCCUCGCCGACCACGUCGGCCGCGAAGUCGCCGGCCUAGUCCUCGCAUCCUACAGCCGACCCUACGUAGACGGUGGCUCAGGCAACACCGAACAGCAGACCGCCCUCGAAGAGGAAGAGAAAGAGUGGCACAAGUCAGUGCACCGCACAGACGAGGCAAACCCAGACCGUGAGCGCGAAUGGCUAAACGACAUCGUGCUGGACCCGCGUAUCGCCUCCCGCAUGCACCGCUACACCGUCUCCCCCGACGAGGAAGCCCGCUCGCAUCGUAUCCUCCACGGCGAGGAGUACAUCCUCGGCGAGGAACGCCCGGCCCCCGUGUCAUUCUGGCAGCACCUGUGGAUCAAGUAUGGCUACGGCGAGGACGCGGAAACGCUCAAGCGGAAGGUGAUUCUGGGGGAUUUGGACAGUGAGGGUGAUCAGUGAUAGCACUUCGGUACCUUGCAUCAUUGUCCCGUUCCUGGUUCACACCCAGAUUGGUGGAUGGGGAGGCGUUUGAUUGUUCAUAGUAUAUAGACGGGUUGGUUUGGUUGAAACAUCUCCUACUUAUAGUCAUUGUAACUAGUAUUAGUUUAGUUUAGUUGUACGAAUAGCGGCUGCCUUUGGAAUACAUUUGGAUUGAAU